AUGCCAACUGAGUUUGAGGCUGCCUGGAAAAGACUCAUGGAUAAGUACAACCUCCAUGAUGAUGCCACGAUGGUGGGCAUGUGGAACGAGCGUGAGAGAUGGAUAUCAUCCUACUUCAAAGAAAUUUUCUGUGCCAAAAUGACAUCCACACAACGAAGUGAGAGCACGAACUAUGUGCUCAAGAAGAACUUUGUAAGUGAGAGACAAAACCUACACGGGUUUGUCAGCCAGAUGGAACGAAACACGCUGACCUUCUAUGGGUUUGACACCCAGAUGGCAAAGCUUUACUCACGAGCUGUGUACAGCGAGAUCAGAAAAAGGCUAAAACUGAGCACACUCUUCACGGCGAUAGAGACGAAAGAGCCCACAAAGUACCUCGUGCACUACAACAACCCACAAAAACUGUCUUCGUGGUCUCAGCACGCGUUCCGGGUGGUUGCAGACCCCACAAUUAAGGCUGCCAGCGUUCUAGAGAAAUACAUCCUCAGGAGAUACACCAAACGCCCAAACAUCCAGCUAACAUUCAACAGAAAUGACUUGAGGACAGUAGCGUCAAACAAGGCAUCCCAAUACCGCAUUGAAAGCUCACUGCUGCAGCUGAACAUGAGGGUGCACAGAAAAAGCUUGAGAAGCCAAGAGCAAAUGGCGAGGUCAUAG